UGUGUGUGUGUGUGUGUGUGUGUUCGUGUGUGUGUGUGUGUGUGUGGUAGAGAGAUAGGGAUGAAAGGGAAGAGAUGAAGGCAGAGAGAGAGAGAGAUACCAUGCCAAAUUUAGACAAAGAUUGUUUGUUCACCUCACCUGUUAGCUGAGUUUAUUAGAUGCUAAGUACUCAGCGAGGAAUCAGCGAAAAUGAUUGUCACCUCAAGCGCCUAUGACCAAACCCUCUGAAUGAACAAGUCUGUAUUAUUAUGAUAUGCUUAAUUGUGUAUAAUACUUGAUACUUGAUAAUGAUUGGCAUGGCGAGGGAAUUUUUAAUUGGAUGUGGUGUGGGCGUGACUCUUCUUGGCGUCAAUUCCGCGGAGGAACGUCCUAUACCGGUGUCAACUUCUGUUACACACCGACCGAGGGAUGGAAAGAAAACUGAACGACGGCGGCAUGCUAUAUGAUGGACAAGAGGGAAGCGUUGACGUCACCGUGAGAGCAGGACAGUUUGAGCCGGACCUAAGAGGUUGUUUACAGUGAGCCGAGCUACGAUAUGAACUUGAACCGCUGUGCGUCCUAGUCGCACCACAACGCCUUUAAGGAUUUAUUGGAUUUAUUUUAGGUUGCACUGCUCUUUUUUUGUUUGUUGUGCCCAUUCGUAUGGAUUUAACGCUGGGCAGGAAUGACUAUAAUCUGGAUGUGGACUACCCGCCCCCGAGCCAUUUUACGCACAGCUCUUCAGGGAGACGUCUGUGACCGCAGCAGCUCCAGUGACAGUUGUGCCCAAGCCAGACAUAAGUAUUAUAUACACGAGUUUCCAAAUCGUCUUAAUUUGUCUUCGGCUGCCCAUUUUUCAUAAGAAGACUUGGUAAAACACAAGAACAAUCUCGUCGCUGGUUAUCUAAAGUUGAUCAUUGGUAACCUAUCGAGUGUCCGUUUUGGAGAUGCUGUUAAUAGCAACACAGAUCGCUUAACGCUUGCGGGCACAGACGCUACGUGCUACAUUUUGUGUCACUGCUGCACAUUUGUUGGUUUGGCUUUUAUUCCCAGGGGAUUUAUUCCCAGGGCUUUCUCGGCCUGUAUACUCUGAGAUGUUGCUACUUUCCCCGCUGCUCUUCUUUUUCCUGCGCUCUGCGCUCUUGAUCGCCACGCGUGGGGUGGACGUCGGCGGCGCGCACAAUGAAGACCACCGCGGGUUCGUCUUCCCCGGGGGGAGCGGGGGCGCGGGUUUCGAGCCCAUAGACCUGUGCAUGAUGGUCUCCCCGCCCUGCGUGAGCGAGGCGGACCGCUACAGCCUGGAGGCCCUGCGCAGCAUACACCAGAUGAUGGAUGACGACCACGAUGGAGGCAUCGAAGUCGAGGAGAGUGUGGAGUUCAUCAUCGAGGACAUGAAAGAGCAGCAGACCAACAAGCACAGCCACCUGCACCGAGAGGACCAGCACAUCACUGUGGAGGAGCUCUGGAGGGGGUGGAAGUCCUCCGAGGUCCACAACUGGACUCAGGACGCUGUGCUGCGCUGGCUGAAGGGCUUCGUUGAGCUGCCCCAGUACGAGAGGAACUUCAUGGACUUCAAAGUGAACGGGAACACACUCCCCAGGAUCGCAGCCAAUGAACCAGCCUUCCUCAGCGGCCACCUCAGAAUCCAGGACCAAAGGGACAAGCAGAAGCUUAACAUCAAGGCUCUGGAUGUAGUGCUGUUUGGACCACCCACACGUCCUCCUCACAAUUACAUGAAGGACCUGCUGCUGAUUGUUUCCGUGGUGAUGGGGAUCGGAGGGUGCUGGUUCGCACAGACCCAGAACAAAGUGAGCAAGAUCCACAUCUCCAAGAUGAUGAAGGACCUGGACAGUCUGCAGCGUGCCGAGCUCAGUCUCCAGGAGCUGCAGGAGCAGCUGGAGCGAGCGCAGGAGGAGAAGCGUAACGUGGCGGAGGAGAAGCACCACCUGGAGGAGAAGAUGAGGGACGAGAUCAUGGGGGCUCAGCAGGAGGCCCACCGGCUCCACCGGCUGAGGCAGGGCGCCGUCACCGAGCUCAGCCGCCUGCGCUACGCAGAGGAGGAGCUGGAGCAGGUGCGCGGGGCGCUGAAGCAGGCGGAGAAGGACAUGCAGCUCAGCUGCUCGGCCUCCGAGGGCCUGCAGCUCUGGCUCCAGCUCACCCACGAGGUGGAGGUCCAGUACUACAGCGUCAAGAGGCAGAGCGCAGAGCUACAGCUGGCCUCCGCAAAGGAAGAGGCGGAGAAGAUCAAGAAGAAGAGAAGCUCUCUGCUGGGGACUCUUCACGUGGCGCACAGCUCCUCCCUGGACCAGGUGGACCACAAGAUACUGGAGGCCAAGAACGCCCUCUCCGACGUGACCGCCUGCCUGCGCGAACGCCUCCACCGCUGGCAGCAGGUUGAGCGUCUGUGCGGCUUCCCCAUCUUCAGGAACGCUGGCCUGGCCCACCUCACUGCCAUGCUGUACUCGGAGCCCGUCCCGGUCCCCGUGAGCCGGGGCCAGGCCUCGUACUCCUGCCAGAGCUCCCUGCAUGGCUCCAUGGAGGACCUGAUGGAGGACUCCUCCGCCUCCAUCAUGUCUCAGAUGCCAGGAUCGUCCCUGAAGCGCUCACCUCGGCCUCGGGGCUCCGUCAUCUGUCGACUGCGUCGGCCCGGUGUCAUCGUCCCGCCCCAAGCAACCAUGAUCUCCUCAGACCCGGACCUCCUCAUCCCCAUUAGAGCGCCGAUGCCCCGUUCAGAAGACGAAGAGGGGCGCUUCAUCAACCCCAACAGACCACCACACAUGAAACAGAGUUCCCUUGAGUUGUAUCCAGACACAGAUUACAUGGUUCCGGGAAGCAGAACCUAUCCCAGCUCCUCCUCCAAUGACUCCUCCAGAAAGCUUUAUAGGGAUGAAGCUAUGGAGCCGUUUGCAGACGCCUCCAUCAGGAAGACCAGCACUACAGAAUUGGAGGCUUCCAUUGAGCCUCCAGUCCAAAAGAUCUCUGUGGGGGAGGUUGAGGCAUCUGUAGAACUUGCCCAAAGAAAAGGAAAAGAUAAACCCAUUGAGACUCCUGGGCUGCACAUGCCUGAGGAGGCUACUGAAUCGACAAUGGACAGUGGCUUUAGGAGGAAAUCCAACGAGAGGAAUGAAGAUUCACUGGAGUGCCAUGGGAGGAAGAUACUAUCUAAUGACCCAGAAGCUGAUGUAGAAUUUGCACCUCGCAGAACAGACGUACUAGACUCUGCUUCGAGGAACAUUUACAGAGAUAGAAGAGAUUUAUCACAGGAUGCUCCAAAUAGAAAGACGCUUUUAAGUCAACCGGAUGCAUUGGUGGAUGUGGCAGCGAGGAGGCUAACCAGAAAUAUGAUGGGAUCUUCAAUGGACAGCGGCUGCAGAAAACUGGAGAGGGAAGGGGCAGAGCAAAUACGUGACUCCAACCCUAGAAAAUUAACCAGGGACUCAAUGGGAAUGUCUAUGGACACAGGAGUUAGGAGGUUGGCUUGGAACAAGACAGACAUGUUUCAGUUUGAGUCUCUUGUGAGAGGUGUGCCGAAAGAUAAGUUGCCUGAGAGCAUCCCCGCCAGAAAGAUAUCCAGAGAGGAGCUGGAGUAUUGUGCAGCAAGGACAGCGAGAGAUGAAUAUGAGAUGGUUGUCGGCUCACUAUUGCGAACGACACCUCGGGAAAAGAUAGACUUUGCUGUCGAUGCACCCACAGGGAAGGUCUGCUGGGAUAAAGCUGAUGUUGAAACGGCAAAGCAACGGGUCCUUAGGGAGUCCGAGUUCUUGGUUCACCCUGAAGCCAACACGUGUCCCAGUAGGAUGGGUCAGCCGGACCUGACCUUAACGUCUCCAUGGAAACAACAAGCCUCCGACCUGAUGGCCCCCGGCCCGUUGUGCCAGCUCGUGUACGACGGCAUACUGGAGAAGUCCUGCCCCUCGGCGGGGCCCGGCCUGAGGGAACUGUCUGCGUCGACGCCCAACCUGCCCCAGAGCCCACUGGGAGGAGAGGGGGCCUCACUGCCAGCUCCAGCACAAUCAGGACCACCACCCGUCCCACCAAGGGCCUCCCACUCUGCUACGACCAGGCACGUCCCUGAAGGAGAGGAACGGAGCAAGGACAGAGACAAGGGCAAGAAGUCCUCAAAGCUGAAGAACCUGUUUAAAAAGAAAAAGGACUGCGCUCCAGAAAGACUGGAGGGUGGCCUUCAGAAACUAUAAUUCUCGUUGUUUCGAUUUUGUGAAACUUGACGUUUAGACUUUAUCUGAACAAUAUAAUUUAGCUCUUCCUUUUAGUCCUAGAUUAUCAAACGGCCGAUGGGGCCGGUGCCCCUGGGACCUCUGUUUUUAUUAAUGUGUAUGUGUUGAAAUACAAACCAAUGAAUGCAGAGGUCACGUAUUUGCAAUUAAGAAAAAUAUGAUGAUUGGUUUGCAGGCUGUUUCAGUAUCAUGAUGGUGGACGAAGCCAGUUGACCCGUGACCGUGGGAAUUUGGAUAAGGGAAGGGUGGGAAGGUUUUACUAAUGUUAACUGAGCUGAGAAUAGAGGACCUUAAAUUAAGUUGCAUAAAGUUAGGUGUGAACCAGGGGCAUCUGAUCAUGUAUGCCUUAUCGAAUAGGAAUAUCUAGUGUUUUCCCUUGUAAGCUUUUCUCAAAUUUACAUCACAAGUGAUGAGCAUAUAAUGGACAAUCCUAAUUUCAGGUACUUAUUCUUGUCUACAAGUUGUGACAAGAAUAUUUUGUGACAACAUAAAUAGAUAUCAUUGGGUUUCUGGGGAAAACAUUACAUCUCUAUGCCAGGAUGUGAAUAUGGAGGAAAUCCUGUAUGAUCAGAUGUACUUGUUACAUAUAUAAUUGUUCGCUACAUGUCUAUACACAGAACAGUAUAAAUCGAUUACUGUGUGUGUGUGCGUGUGAGCAUGUGUGCGCGUGUGUGUGUGUGUGUGUGUGUGUGUGUGUGUGUGUGUGUGUGUGUGUGUGUGUGUGUGUGUGUGUGUGUGUGUGUGUGUGUGUGUGUGUGUGUGUGUGUGUGUGUGUGUGUGUGAUGUGAGAAUCUGAAUCAUUUAACUGUUUUGCUGGAUGUGGGGCAGUUUGUGCUUACGUAUGCCAUGGAGCUACACACUGUAAGCUAAUGGGUUGAUAUUGUUACCACUGGCACAGGAAAGCAUUGUGGCGACCAUGUGGUUUGAACCCUUUAUGAUAGCAGAUAUCUACUGGGAAUGAUAUUGUCCAUAAGUUUGUGAUCACAGGCUGCAGCUUUACACUGAUCAAGGUCAGUGUAAAUCCUGCAUAAGCUACAGGCGUUCCCAACAGAUAGUAAAAUUAUUGAUCCGUGCUUAUGUUUCUAAAAAUAAUUAUCUAACAAUGAAAGCUAUGUCCACAAUAUAUCUUUAUUUGAAUAAUUUUUUCUAUUUUUAACAAAUUCUGUAGCAUGGAUGAAGCAAUGAAUUUUUAUUAUUUUGCAUUUGAAUACUUUGUCGACCUCAAACCAAGACUUUUGGCUAAUAAAUCACGACAUGAUGCUUAGGUUAAAAAGUGUCUGAAAAGACAUUAAAUCAUUUAAUAUAAAUUUGUCUUUAAUAUUUUGUAUUGCUAUAAAUGAUUUGCUACAAAGAACAUAAUAUAACUUGAUAAUAAAUUCAUAAUCCAGGUUGUCACAGGAAGUAGAUUUUUGUGUUAACAGAGUAUAUAAUAUAUUUCUGUGAUUAUUUGUACUAUUUUAAUUUGGAAGUAAUUAGGAAACUUAAAUAGGAAGUAUGCUGGUUUUUGGAAAGCUUUAGUUUCAAUGACAAUGAAAUGUAUUUUACAAAACUUUAUUAAUGUACAUUUUCUCUUGGCAAUCCUUUUCAAAUACACUAUGCUUUGGUUUAAGACCGUGUAGCUGUAAACCACAGCUUAUCUUUGACUUAAACAAUUGAACAUAUGUUUUUUUUUAUGUUUUGUGUACGUUCAUAUUGUUCUUCAUUAUAUGCUCUUUCCUCUUCUUCUGUUCUUUUCUGUGCUUCCACUUCUUCUUUGGGUCCGAAGCUCAAAACACACUACCACUCAAAAUCCCUCAAGGAUGUUAUCCAAUAAGAUUAUUCAACAAAUUGUAGCCCAAAAUAUAUAAUUUCGUAAAUAUUUUACUCUAUAAUAACAUUACCAAUUUGUCAAAAAAAAAUACAGAACAUCUACAUGUCUUGCUCAAACUUUCCAGAUGACAGCACCUUAACAUGCAUUUGGGUCCUUAUGAAACCAAUGGUAUUGGUACAAUUCAUAUACUAUGAAUUGUAUUGCUGUUUUGAUUUUACAUUGUUUUCUUUUUUAAUACUUGGACGGCUACAAGUGCUGCUUGCAGCUUUAUUUCUUUGAUUGUUUACAGCUCAAUGAACACACUAAUGUUCACAUUUUUGAAUUUGUUUUAUUUUAUUUGUUGUAUGUAUUUCAAGAGAGUGUUUGGGCCAUAUGUAGGGAAAAGGUUUUAUUCCGGCAGUGUUGGUAAAAUGUAUGUAACAGAGUUACUCUGGAGAAGUUUAAUGGUACCGUCAUAUUAUUUAAUAAUCAUGAACACAUUGGGGCAGUAAUGCAUCAUACACAUUUUUCAGAACAGACAUGCUCUUAAAUAUCUUUCUUGUUUUUUCUAAACACAACUACCAGUAACUAUCAAUACCCAGCCAUGUAACAUAUGUCUCCUUUGAAUAAAAAUUCAAAAAGGUACCUGUUUGAUUGUGUUGAGUUUUAAAAAGCAAUUUUUUCCUUUCCUUUAAAUUUUUCAAAGAAUUAUUCUAGGAAAUAUAUACAUUUAUAGUGUUGUUGCAUCAUCUUUCCGCUAGAGGGCAGGGCGCUUUGAAGAGGGCAGUUUGUACAAUAGCGUUAAGAAAAAUAAGUAGCAAACUACAACUUUUAUUUUAUUUUUUUUCCCCUUUGAAAUUAUUUGAAUGAGGAAACCACUACUUCUACCACAAAUGGCAAUACAACGUAUUCAUAUUUAUAUUUUAAUCAUAUAAAAAAGUAUUUCAGUAGAAAGACUUGUCUUCCUCCGUUCGAAUGCGUCACACUCUGUAUGAAAACCUCACUGAUUUAUGGAAAAAUAUCAUGACUCUCACAAGCUAGCAAAGUCGAAAGUCAUACAUAACAUCU